AUGGUAUCUUACUAUAAUUCCCUUGCGAUGCUUUGCCAACAACAGCAAGUAUCUGGCCAGCAGCCACUUCCACAGCAAAUACCACAAAAUAAUUCUGUACAACAUAAUUCGGUACCAAAUAAUUCUGCAUUAAGUAAUUCUACACAACAUAAUUCUGCAGAACAUAAUUCUGCACAACAUAAUUCUGCGCAACAUAAUUCUGCACAUCAUUCUGCACAACAUGAUCCGCAACAAACAAACACCACAGCCGACGGAGGUCAGCAAUAUUGGUAUAGUUAUCCACAUGAGCAUACACAUGGAUCUUCACAUGGUUCUUCACAUGGUUCUUCACAUGGACAUCCACAUACAUAUCCACAUCCGCAUACAUAUACACAAAGACACACACAAACACUUCCACAAGCACAAGCACAAACACAAACACGAGCACAAACACAUACACAUACACGAGCACAAACACAUACACAUACACGAGCACAAACACAUACACAUACACGAGCACAAACACAUACACAAGUACAAGCAGAAACACAUACACAAGUACAAGCAGAAACACAUACACAAAUACAAGCACAAGCACAUUCACAUCCAAAUACACAUACACAUACAUUUCCACAAACACUUUCACAUGCGCUUCCACAAACACUUUCGCAUGCACUUCCACAAACACUUUCGCAUGCACUUCCACAAACACUUUCGCAUGCACUUCCACAAACACUUUCACAUACACUUUCACAUACACUUCCACAAACACUUUCACAAACACUUCCACAAACACUUUCACAAACACUUUCACAUGCACUUCCACAAACACUUUCACAUGCACUUCCACAAACACUUGCACAUCCACAAACACUUGCACAUCCACAAACACUUGCACAUCCACAAACACUUGCACAUCCGCAAACACUUGCACAUGCACAUCCGCAAACACUUCCACAAGGAUUUUCACAUACACUUCCACAUACACUUCCACAAACACUUGCACAUGCGCGUACACAUCCACAUGGAUAUUCACAUGUCCAUUAUCCAUCACCUGGACCACAACAAUAUUUGGAUCCGGCAGAGAUGAUUCCUAAUUGGCCGCAUCCUCACGCUUACCCAUAUUCACAUAUUCAUCAGUAUCAGUAUCACCAAUAUCAGCAAGCUCAGCUGGCAGGAUUAAAUGAUUGGGGUAAUGAAGCAAGUGGUCCUCUUAUAACUGAAGAAACAAGCCCUCCUAUUACUGCUAGCGGGAGCGAAGUUAGUAAUCCAGAGACUUCGUGUACCCCACCGAGGAAUAACGGCAGCAGUAACGUUACGAAUAGUAAAAAUAUUACACCGCCUAGCACUAGCAAUAGUGCGAACAGUAUUAAUAGCGCGACAUCGAUGAGACCCGCGCAGAUCAGAAGUCCCUACGAGUGGAUGAAGAAGACUUCCUACCAGUCUCACCCCAAUCCUGGAAAAACCCGAACUAAAGACAAAUACAGAGUGGUCUACACAGAUCAUCAGAGGUUGGAGCUUGAAAAGGAGUUUCACUAUAGCCGUUACAUCACAAUUCGCCGUAAAGCUGAACUCGCCGCUAAUCUUGCGCUCUCGGAACGUCAAGUCAAAAUCUGGUUCCAAAACCGUCGCGCGAAAGAGCGGAAACAAGCUAAAAAGCGCGAAGAACUUGAACAGAAAGAGUUAAAAGCGGCAGAUGUAGUACCAAACAGCCCGAUGGCCAGCCUAACGAUCGGAGGGUUGGCAGAAAUGAGUGGAAUGCUUGGUUACGAACCUAAUCCGCCGUCUCCUCGUCCCGGACCAUCAUCGCAUCCAUCGCAUCCACUUCUUUGAGGCGCGACAGCUGUUGUCCACCCAAGCUGCCAUACCGAUUGGCGGUGGGGUUGUGACCUGGUGCCGGCGAUCACAGAAGCUUGGUCCGGCGACAGCUAAUUCCGGAAGCUCCAUCUAACGCAUGCUGAAUCGACUUUGCUGUGAUACCAAGGAGCUGCAAUAGGGGAAUCUCCAAUAAAUCAAAAAACCGAACAGUAGUUCGCUUUAAAUAUCAAAUUUUUAGAUAUCGAAUUUAUCGUUUCAAAUUGUCUUGGUUUAAUGUCAAAAAUGAAAUAAUGUUAAGUAAUUUAUAGAGUGUUCAAUUAUUGAUAAGGACUUGUAUUUGAGACUUUAUAUGUAGUAAUAAAGGACGACAUAGACUAAUUCAAAUAUUAUAAAUUCUAUAUGCUACGUAAUGCACUAAUAUAAUACAUUAACAACAUAAUGUAA